CUUCUUCCAGGUCAGCUCAUGUGGAGAGAGGCAGAGUGCUUAGUUCACAGAUCAUACAGACUUCAUGGACACCAUGUUGAAAUCCAAUCCCCAAGACCAGCAGAGGAGUAACCACAAUGGUCAGGAGACCAGUCUUUGGUCCUCAGGCUUUGGGAUGAAGAUGGAGGCCAUCACUCCAUUCCUGGGGAAGUAUCGUCCCUUUAUGGGUCGCUGCUGCCAGACCUGUACUCCUAAGAGCUGGGAGUCCCUCUUCCACAGAAGCAUAAUGGAUCUGGGUUUCUGCAAUGUGAUCCUUGUGAAGGAAGAGAACACCAGGUUUCGGGGCUGGCUGGUCCGCAGGCUCUGCUAUUUCCUGUGGUCCCUGGAGCAGCACAUACCCACCAGCUCUGAUGUCUCCCAGAAGAUCAUGGAAAACACUGGGGUGCAGAACCUCCUUUCAGGGAGGGCUCCAGGAGGGGCUGGAGAAGGCCAGGCACCUGAGCUGGUGAUGAAAGAGGUGCAGCGCAUCCUGGGCCACAUUCAGGCCACACUUUGCCCCUUCUUGCUCAGGUUGUUCAGCUGGGCCCUGCUGUGGUUCCUGAACCGCCUCUUCCUGAAUGUGCAGCUUCACAAGGGACAGAUGAAGAUGGUUCAUAAGGCUGUCCAGGAGGGCUCGCCGCUUGUUUUCCUUUCUACACAUAAGUCUCUCCUCGAUGGGUUCCUGCUGCCUUUUGUACUGUUCUCCCAGGGCCUGGGUGUGGUUCGUGUGGCUUUGGACCCUCGCACCUGCUCCCCUGCCCUCAGAGCUCUACUGAGGAAACUUGGGGGAUUUUUCCUGCCCCCAGAGGCCAACCUCUCCUUGGACAGCUCAGAUGGCAUCCUUGCAAGGGCUGUGGUCCGUGCAGUUGUGGAGCAGCUGCUUGCCAGUGGGCAACCUCUACUCAUUUUCCUUGAAGAGCCCCCUGGGUACCCAGGGCCCAGGCUUUCAGCCCUGGGCCAGGCCUGGUUAGGACUGGUGGUCCAAGCGGUCCAGGAGGGCAUCAUCCCAGAUGCCACACUGGUACCAGUUGCCAUUGCCUAUGAUCUGGUUCCAGAUGCACCAUGUGACAUGAACCAGGACUUGGCUCCCUUGGGGCUAUGGACAGGAGCCUUGGCUGUCUUUCGGAAACUCUGUAACUGCUGGGGCUGCAACCGUAGAGCCUGUGUCCGGGUGCACCUUGCCCAGCCAUUUUCCCUCCAGGAAUACACCAUCAAUGCUAGAAGCUGUUGGGGCAGCAGGCAGACCCUGGAACACUUGUUGCAGCCUGUUGUGCUAGGUGAAUGCAAUGUUGUUCCAGACACUGAGAAGGAGCAGGAGUGGACCCCUUCAACUGGGCUCCUCUUGACUCUCAAAGAAGAGGACCAGCUUCUGGUCAGAAGACUGAGCCGCCAUGUCCUGAGUGCCAGUGUGGCCAGCUCAGCGGUGAUGAGCACAGCCAUCAUGGCGACACUACUGCUAUUGAAGCAUCAAAAGGGUGUGGUCCUGUCACAGCUCCUGGGGGAGUUUUCCUGGCUGACAGAGGAGACACUGCUUCGUGGCUUUGAUGUAGGCUUCUCUGGGCAACUGCGGUGUCUGGCCCAACAUACACUGAGCCUGCUGAGGGCACAUGUGGUUCUGCUGCGUGUCCACCAGGGGGACUUGGUGGUGGUGCCACGACCUGGCCCAGGCCUCACUCACCUGGCACGUCUGAGUAUGGAAUUGCUGCCCACCUUUCUGAGCGAAGCAGUGGGUGCCUGUGCAGUGCGGGGGUUGCUGGCCGGCAGAGUACCACCUGAGGGGCCCUGGGAGCUGCAGGGCAUAGAGCUGCUGAGUCAGAAUGAACUGUACCGACAGAUCCUACUGUUGCUGCACCUGCUACCCCAAGACCUACUGCUGCCCCAGCCCUGCCAAUCUUCCUAUUGCUACUGUCAGGAAGUGCUGGACCGGCUCAUCCAGUGUGGGCUCCUGGUUGCUGAGGAGACCCCAGGCUCUCGGCCAGCCUGUGACACAGGAAGACAGCAUCUGAGUGCAAAGCUGCUGUGGAAACCAAGUGGGGACUUUACUGACAGCGAAAGUGAUGACUUUGAGGAGCCAGGAGGCCGAUGCUUCAGGGUGUGUUGGAAAAAGCUACCUCAGGAGGCAGGUGGAGGUGGUAAGGUACCUGGGAGCCUUCCUUCCUCACUCUGGCCUGGCUCUCUGCAGCUUAGCCAGCAGUCUCGCUGCCCUGACUUCUUCCUCUUCCUCUGCCGCCUGCUCAGUCCAAUACUCAAGGCCUUCGCACAGGCUGCCGCUUUCCUCCACUUGGGGCAGCUGCCAGAUUCAGAGGUAAGCUACUCGGAGCGGUUAUUCCAGUAUUUACAGGACUGUGCCCAAGAAGAAGGAAUCUUUGGUACUACAGCAGAUGCCCAGCCCUACAGGACCCCAGCUCCAUCUGUCCCCUACAUUUGCCAGCCGGGACAACCAGGACAAGCUGGAACAAUUUAUCCGACAGUUCAUCUGCAGUUAGAACCAGAGAGUGGAAGCUGAUGGGAC